AUGAUUUCAUGUCUUGAAAAUUUACCUGAUGAGCUUCUACUUGAUAUAUUUUCUUAUUUAUCUCCUAUUGAUUUAUUUAUUUCAUUUUCUUAUAUAAAUAAUCAUUUUAAUUCAAUAUUAUGUGAUCAAUCAAUACAACUUGGUAUACGAAUAGCAAAAAAUAAUUAUACUAAAAUCGAUUAUUUUGCUAAUUAUUUUACUCAUAUAUACAUAUGUAAUGAUACUGAUAUUGAUAUUCGCCAAUUUAAUAAUGUACGUUCAUUAACACUUGGCCCAUAUCCAAAACCUUCAGAUGAAUUAUUAAGUCAACUUGUUGAUCAACCUCAACGAUAUUUUCCUUAUCUUACUCAAUUAAUUGUUUAUCAACCAUUAUCAACAUGGUAUUCUCCACCAUCGGUUCGUCUUUGGACACAAUUAUUUACAAAUAGAUUUUCUUCUCGAUUAAAACAUUGUUCAUUACCUGGUCGUAUAUUUGCAUUACCAACAACAUAUUUUUAUUGUCCUUCACUUUAUAGUCUUUCAAUUGGUGGUUGUUCAUUACGAGAUUUACCUGUAUUAUUAUCAGCUUUACCUAAUUUAAAAUUUCUUUCAACAGAUCUUUGGGGUAUUGCUGAUAUAAUAAAUCAAUCAUCUUAUCAUCAUUCUAAUCUUUCACAUUUAUCUAUUAAAUUUAGACAACAAACAAUUGUUUUAGAAGAACUUUGUUGUCUUUUAUUAUAUGUUCCAUAUUUAAAAAUAUUUACAAUUGAAGGAACACAACAACAUAAUACAUUUAAUAUUGAUAAUUGGUAUAAUAUAUUAAUUAGUCAAUUUGAAUAUUUAAAUAAAUUUUAUUGUACUAUUCGUCUUAGUGAUAGUAUUGAAAAUAAUAAAAUUGAUAUUAAUUAUAUAAGAAAAUAUAAUAAAAUAUUUUCUCAAAUGAAACUAUUUCGUCGAAAUGAUAGUCUUUUUAUUUCUAAUCAAUAA